GAUAUUUUAUAUAUUUGAAAAGGUAUUUUGUGAGUGUGUUCGAGAUUUUCAGUUUAUUUUUUUUGGUUUGAUGUGUCCGGGAAAAUGUUAGAUAUUAUUCGUCCAUUAAAUUCUUGUGUUACAAGACGAUGGCUGCAAUACGUUGGUGCUGUUACAGCUUCUAUGGUAAUAUUUACAAGUGGUAUGCAUUUUGUCUGGGUAUCAGCUUCAUUUCCCAAAUUAUAUGCAAAUGAUUCUACAAUACCUUUAACUGUGGAAGAAGGUUCAUGGGUUGCUUCCAUGGAAUUAUUUGCAGACUUACCUGGAGCACCUUUGGGAGCAUUUUGUGCUGAUUAUUUUGGACGACGUCGUAGUAUAUUACUUACUGGUGUACCAUAUUUGAUGGGAUGGAUAUUAAUUGCUAUAGCAACAGACGUCCCAACUUUGUUACUAGCUAAAUUUUUAGUAGGUGUCGCAGAUGGAUCUACAUUCACAAUUUUGCCAAUGUUUAUUGGUGAAAUUGCCGAAGAUGAUAUUCGAGGAAAAUUGGGGAAUUGUAUGACAGUAAUGUUGGAUUUGGGAGCUUUAGUUUUAUAUAGUGUUGCACCAUGGAUAUCGAUUCGAGAAAUGGCACUAAUUGGAAUGAUUUCUCCCAUAAUUUUUUGUAUCACUUUUUGGUGGGUGCCAGAAACGCCAUACUAUUUGUUGAUGCUAAAAAAGCAAGAUAAAGCCAAGAAAUCUUUACAACAAUAUCGUGGUGUGGAAAAUGUAGAUGUCGAAUUUGAGGAUAUGUCAAAAACAGUUGAAUUUCAAAUGUCUCAAACAUCGUAUUGGUCUGAUUUGAUAAAAAACAAAGCAUACUUCAAGGGUAUGGUUAUUAUGUUUGGUCUUAAAAGCAUGCAAAUGAUGAGUGGUAUAUAUGCGAUGCAAAUUUUUGCCGAGCUAAUAUUCACUAGAGCCGAUGGUUUUUUUAGUGGAUCUGUUUCAGCUAUAAUAUUUGGUGCGGCACAAUUUCUAAGUGGUUUUUUUGCUAUGUUAAUUGUUGACAAAGUUGGACGUCGUCCCCUAUUAAUUAUUUCUUCGAUUGGGUGUUUCAUUGCCUUAACUAGUCAAGCUGUAUACUUCUAUAUACAAUUUCAUGAAAUUACGGACUUAGAAGCUUACGGCUGGGUCCCUGUGACAGCUUUAAUGGUUUAUAUAAUCAUGUAUAGUGUUGGUUUGGGUGCUAUUCCGCUUAUGGUUCCAAGUGAAAUGUUUCCAACAAAUAUUAAAGCCAAAGCGUUAUGUAUUACUGAUUUAUAUUUGGCUAUGUUAGGAUUUUUAAUUGUAAUAUUGUAUCAACCUGUUGCCAAUGGCUUUGGCAGUCAUAUACCAUUUAUUAUUUUUGCUGUCUCAUGUAUUUUCGGUGUACUUUUCACAAUAUUUAUUAUGCCCGAAACAAAGGGAAAAUCAUUGGAAGAUAUACAAAAUAUAUUGAGGAAUUCGAAAGAAGUAAAUAAUUUAACCCUAAAAGAUACGCCCCAGUCGUUAGAAACUGCACAAACAUCAUUGUGAAAUCGAUAUACUAAAACAGUAACUUUUUUCGAAAUAUGUUUUCAUUGCUCAAAAACUACUAAAGAUAUCAAGAUGGAUGAAGGUUUCAUGGCAAAUGAA